AUGAUCACGCGGGAACAGCCGGUCGAAGACCCCGACGGACCCACCGCCUCUUUCAAGAGCCUGCUCCUUGCCUUCGCAUCCACCAAGGCCGGCUUCGCGGAUCAUGACUUGUCGGUUGUUCGCGAUCCGGCAAAUUGGGGCGACGUCGUUCGAUCGGGACAAGAGGACGUUUGGGGCGCUCCGGCACAGGAUGAAUUCGAUUCGCUUCUGAACGAUUACGAGGUCUUCCAAAUCGUCGAAUCCUGUGAGCUCCCCGCGGGUGAGAUCCUCCUGCGGUCAGGCUGGGUGUUCCGGACUAAACGCAACCAGCAUGGCGACAUCACCGAUCACAAGGCCCGACUUGUCGCUCACGGAUGUGCCCAACGCCCUGGCCUUGAUUUCGAGAAGACCUACGCCCCUGUCGUCAAAUUCACGUCCAUUCGAGCCCUCAUCGCACUCGCCGCGGCCAACGGCUAUCACGUCCAUCAGGCCGACGUCAACAAGGCGUACUUACACGGCAAACUUGACAAGCCUCUCUACAUGCGCGUCCCUCAGGGCAUCAACCUGCCCGGCAAGAUUCUCAAGCUGUCCAAAUCCAUCUACGGCCUUCGCCAGGCUGGCACCAUCUGGAACGCCGAGAUCGACUCGACUCUGCGGUCCCUCGGAUACGUCUCCACCAGGUCUGACAUCUGUAUCUACCGCCGCGAACACAACGGGCACUCACACUAUAUUGCCUUGUACGUCGACGACUUGCUUUUGGUUGGUCCCUCUACCGCCGAAAUCGAGCGGGUGCUGGACGCGCUGGAACUCGCAUACGGCAUCAAACGUCUCGGACCUGCCGAAUAUAUUCUAGGCAUCCAAGUCAAACGUGGACAAGACGGUUCUAUCACACUCUCACAAGAGCGCUACCUUCGGGACAUCCUUGCCAGGUUCCAAUUCACCGAUGCCAAGCCGGCAAGUAUUCCAAUGCAGCCAGGUGUCGUCCUUGACUUCGAGGACUUGGCGGCCACUCCUCAGGAUCGUACGCGCUACUUGCAGGCCAUCGGUUCGUUGAUGUACGCCGCAGUUGGAACUCGUCCGGACCUCGCCUUCGUGGUCAGCUACCUCGCUCGCUUCUCCAAGCAGCCUGGUCCGGAGCAUUGGACAGCCAUCAAGCAGGUCCUCCGUUACAUCAAAGGCACGCUGGACUUGGGCCUCACCUAUCGCAAGACCAGCCAACCACUUCAUGGCUACUCGGAUGCGAACUGGGGAGCCUGUCUAACGACCUCACGAUCGACCAUGGGCUACGCGUUCAUCUUGUCCGGAGCCGCUAUUGCUUGGUGCUCCAAACGCGAGCACAGGGUGGCCAAGUCCACUACCGACGCAGAGUACCUCUCUCUUUCGUACACAAGCGGUGAUGCCAUCCACCUGAGCGAACUCCUGGCUGAACUUGGCGCUCCGGUCUCCGGUCCAGUCGUACUCUACGGGGACAACCAAGGUUCGCUGGCUCUUGCGCAGCACCCGACCAACCAUCAGGGGUCUCGUCAUGUUCGCAUCUCGGAACAUUACGUCCGCGAGAGGGUAGCUGAGAAGGAGAUCGAGGUCCGCUACAUCGCCACCGGCGACAUGUUUGCCGAUAUUUUCACCAAAGCCUUGGGUCCCAAGCCGUUCAUCUUCCAUCGGGAGAAUUUGGGUUUGCGAGGUGCAGUGGUAUGA